AUGAAGGAGUUAGAUAAGACCAAGAGCUGGUGGGACCAACAUAUAAAGGCUUUUAUUGAGAAGUCUAACUAAGGAAUCCAAUAGAUCCAAUCAUUAAUCAAGUAAGUAUAUAUUUGUUAUUGUAGAAUUUAAGCCAAUCAAGAAGAAGAAUUAGAAGAAGCUUAUUAAAUGAAGGAAGAUCUUUAUGAGAUGCUAACCUAUAUCCAAGAUAUAGAUUAAUCUUUAUAUUAGAAGAUUCUUGAUAUACUUAAAAAAGAAAAAGUUUCAGACAUCAUUGGAUUCCUGUCAAAGACAAACAAUCAUCAUUUUUAUGAAUCUUUAAACAAUAAGUAGGAGAAUAUAAAGGAGAUCAAGAAGUAAGUAAUAAAAAUAAGAAAUGUCUUGAAAAAUCUUUAGGAUGAUAAAUUUAGUAAGGAUGACUAUUCUCAAGAGAAAUAUGAAAAGGAAAGGGCGGAUCUAAUCAAGAGGAUGAAGGAUAACAAAGGGAUCAUAGAUUUCAUCAAGUUUUUAGUUCUCCUCACAAGCAUAGAUGUUAAGAUUAUUCAAUCUGGAUCAAAUGGACUUAGUUUAUUAGUAGCCAUGAAGGUUGAUAUAAGGAACUAAUCAUUUGAGAAUAUCAGAAUAAAGAAUACAUCUAUAAUUGGAGGAAACUUUGUAGGAUGUAAUUUGAAUGGAUCAGAAUUUGAGAAUGUGGAUAUUAGUGGAGUCAAUUUUAAUGGAGCUUAAAUGUUCAAUUGUAAAUGGAAGAACAUUAAAGUCCAUGAAUUGAAUAAGUUGGAUGGUCAUAGUAGUUGUGUGAAUUCAGUCUGUUUCUCUCCUGAUGGAAAUACAUUAGCUUCUGGUAGUGAAGAUAACUCUAUCCUUCUAUGGGAUGUCAAAACAGGAUAAUAAAAAGCCAAAUUAGAUGGUCAUGAUAAUUGGGUAAUGUCAGUCUGUUUCUCUCCUGAUGGAAAUACAUUAGCUUCUGGUAGUUGGGAUAACUCUAUCCGUCUAUGGGAUGUCAAAACAGGAUAAUAAAAAGCCAAAUUAGAUGGUCAGGAUGAAGCUGUAAUAUCAGUCUGUUUCUCUCCUGAUGGAAAUACAUUAGCUUCUGGUAGUAGAGAUGAGUCUAUCUGCCUUUGGGAUGUCAAAACAGGAUAAUAAAAAGCCAAAUUAGAUGGUCAUACUAGUACUGUCUACUCAGUCUGUUUCUCUCCUGAUGGAAAUACAUUAGCUUCUGGUAGUUAUGAUAAGUCUAUCCGUCUAUGGGAUGUCAAAACAGGAUAAUAAAAAGCCAAAUUAGAUGGUCAUACUAGUUGUAUUAACUCAGUCUGUUUCUCUCCUGAUGGAAAUACAUUAGCUUCUGGUAGUAAUGAUAAGUCUAUCCGUCUAUGGGAUGUCAAAACAGGAUAAUAAAAAGCCAAAUUAGAUGGUCAUACUAGUUGUGUCUACUCAGUCUGUUUCUCUCCUGAUGGAAAUACAUUAGCUUCUGGUAGUAAUGAUAAGUCUAUCCGUCUAUGGGAUGUCAAAACAGGAUAAUAAAAAGCCAAAUUAGAUGGUCAUACUAGUUGUGUCUACUCAGUCUGUUUCUCUCCUGAUGGAAAUACAUUAGCUUCUGGUAGUAAUGAUAAGUCUAUCCGUCUAUGGGAUGUCAAAACAGGAUAAUAAAAAGCCAAAUUAGAUGGUCAUACUAGUUGUAUAUUGUCAGUCUGUUUCUCUCCUGAUGGAAAUACAUUAGCUUCUGGUAGUAAUGAUAAGUCUAUCCGUCUAUGGGAUGUCAAAACAGGAUAAUAAAAAGCCAAAUUAGAUGGUCAUACUAGUUCUGUCUACUCAGUCUGUUUCUCUCCUGAUGGAAAUACAUUAGCUUCUGGUAGUGAUGAUAAGUCUAUCCGUCUAUGGGAUGUCAAAACAGGAUAAUAAAAAGCCAAAUUAGAUGGUCAUACUAGUUGUAUUAACUCAGUCUGUUUCUCUCCUGAUGGAAAUACAUUAGCUUCUGGUAGUAAUGAUAAGUCUAUCCGUCUAUGGGAUGUCAAAACAGGAUAAUAAAAAGCCAAAUUAGAUGGUCAUACUAGUUGUAUUAACUCAGUCUGUUUCUCUCCUGAUGGAAAUACAUUAGCUUCUGGUAGUAAUGAUAAGUCUAUCCGUCUAUGGGAUGUCAAAACAGGAUAAUAAAAAGCCAAAUUAGAUGGUCAUACUAGUUGUAUUAACUCAGUUUGUUUCUCUCCUGAUGGAAAUACAUUAGCUUCUGGUAGUGAUGAUAAGUCUAUCCGUCUAUGGGAUGUCAAAACAGGAUAAUAAAAAGCCAAAUUAGAUGGUCAUACUAGUUGUAUUAACUCAGUCUGUUUCUCUCCUGAUGGAAAUACAUUAGCUUCUGGUAGUGAUGAUAAGUCUAUCCGUCUAUGGGAUGUCAAAACAGGAUAAUAAAAAGCCAAAUUAGAUGGUCAUACUAGUUGUAUUAACUCAGUCUGUUUCUCUCCUGAUGGAAAUACAUUAGCUUCUGGUAGUGAUGAUAAGUCUAUCCGUCUAUGGGAUGUCAAAACAGGAUAAUAAAAAGCCAAAUUAGAUGGUCAUACUAGUUGUAUUAACUCAGUCUGUUUCUCUCCUGAUGGAAAUACAUUAGCUUCUGGUAGUGAUGAUAAGUCUAUCCGUCUAUGGGAUGUCAAAACAGGAUAAUAAAAAGCCAAAUUAGAUGGUCAUACUAGUUGUAUUAACUCAGUCUGUUUCUCUCCUGAUGGAAAUACAUUAGCUUCUGGUAGUGAUGAUAAGUCUAUCCGUCUAUGGGAUGUCAAAACAGGAUAAUAAAAAGCCAAAUUAGAUGGUCAUACUAGUUGUAUUAACUCAGUCUGUUUCUCUCCUGAUGGAAAUACAUUAGCUUCUGGUAGUGAUGAUAAGUCUAUCCGUCUAUGGGAUGUCAAAACAGGAUAAUAAAAAGCCAAAUUAGAUGGUCAUACUAGUUGUAUUAACUCAGUCUGUUUCUCUCCUGAUGGAAAUACAUUAGCUUCUGGUAGUGAUGAUAAGUCUAUCCGUCUAUGGGAUGUCAAAACAGGAUAAUAAAAAGCCAAAUUAGAUGGUCAUACUAGUUGUGUCUACUCAGUCUGUUUCUCUCCUGAUGGAAAUACAUUAGCUUCUGGUAGUAGAGAUGACUCUAUCCGUCUAUGGGAUGUCAAAACAGGAUAAUAAAAAGCCAAAUUAGAUGGUCAUACUCUUUAUGUCUACUCAGUCUGUUUCUCUCCUGAUGGAAAUACAUUAGCUUCUGGUAGUUAUGAUAACUCUAUCCGUCUAUGGGAUGUCAAAACAGGAUAAUAAAAAGCUAAAUUAGAUGGUCAUAGUAAUGGAAUCUUAUCAGUCUGUUUCUCUCCUGAUGGAAAUACAUUAGCUUCUGGUAGUGAAGAUAAGUCUAUCCGUCUAUGGGAUGUAAAGACAGGUAAAGAAAUAAAAUCCUCUGAUAAAAACUAUAAAGAUAUUCUUGCAUAAUUUAAAAUACCACUUUAGAAUAGUUCAUUAUUACCAAAUGGUAUUUUUUAUUUAUUAUUUUUUAGAUGAGCCAGAUCGUACUAUACUUAGGAUAUGCUAGAACCUUUAAUUUGAAGCAAGUGGUACACUUAUCUUGUAAGGAAAAUUUAUUAAUCAAUCAGGUAUAGAUUUAAAAACAUUGUUUAAAUAAAAAGGAAGUUACUUUUUAGAGGAUUUAUAGAAAAAGUGAUUUUGAAAAUUAUCAAAC